AUGUCGAAUAAGGCUUACGAACAAGGAACGUACAAUCAAAAUCAACAGUAUUAUCCCCCACCGCCACCACAAGACUAUGGUCAAGGUUCUCCGUACCAAGGCGGUUACUAUGGACAACAGCAACAAUACCCGCAACAAGGUUACUACCCGCCACAACAACCAAUGUAUGUGCAGCAACCAGCGCAACGAGACACGGGGGCAGCAAACAGUUGCCUUGCUUGUUGUGCCGGUUUAAUGUGUUGCUGCGCCGCCGAAGAAUGUUGUGAAAUGCUAAUGAUGUGUUAA